CAGGGCGGGCGGCCGAGCAGCAGCGGCAGCUCCGGCGGGGCAGCGGCAACAGGAGACGCUCACCAUGGAGUUCACGGUGAUCGACUACAUCAUCUUCGCGCUGCUGCUGGUGCUGUCGUCGGCCAUCGGGCUCUUCUACGCGCUGAGCGGGGACCGGCAGCGCACGGUGCAGGAGUUCCUCCUGGCCAACCGCAACAUGGGCUUCCUGCCCGUCGCCCUCUCCCUGCUGGCCACCUUCCAGUCGGCUGUGGCCAUCCUGGGCGUGCCGGCCGAGAUCUACCGGUUCGGCACCGAGUACUGGUUCCUUGGCUGCUCCUACCUGCUGGGGCUGCUCAUCCCGGCCCACAUCUUCAUCCCUGUCUUCUACCGCCUGCACAUCACCAGCACCUACGAGUACCUGGAGCUGCGCUUCAACAAGACGGUGCGGGUCUUCGGCACCGUCACCUUCAUCUUCCAGAUGGUCAUCUACAUGGGGGUAGUGCUCUACGUGCCCGCGCUGGCCCUCAACGCAGUGACGGGCUUUGACCUCUGGAGCGCGGUGCUCACCAUGGGGCUGGUCUGCACGCUGUACACCACGCUGGGUGGGCUGAAGGCCGUCAUCUGGACGGACGUCUUCCAGACGCUGGUGAUGUUUGCGGGGCAGCUGGCCGUCAUCGUGGUGGGCGCCCGGCGGGUGGGCGGCAUGGCCCGGGUCUGGCGCCUGGCGGAGCAGGAGGGCAAGAUCUCCGGCAUUGACCUGGACCCUGACCCUUUCGAGCGGCACACCUUCUGGACGCUGGCGGUGGGGGGAGUCUUCAUGAUGCUGUCGCUGUACGGGGUGAACCAGGCGCAGGUGCAGCGGUACCUCAGCGCCCGCAGCGAGCGGGAGGCCAAGCUCUCCUGCUACGCCGUCUUCCCCUGCCAGCAGAUCGUCCUCUGCCUUAGCUGCCUGACUGGCCUCGUCAUGUUCGUCUACGACCGGGAGCACCCGCUGGCACCCCCCCAGCGCCCCGGCUCCUCCGACCAGCUGGUGCUGUACUUCGUGAUGGACGUGCUGCAGGACCUGCCGGGGCUGCCCGGGCUCUUCGUUGCCUGCCUCUUCAGUGGGUCCCUCAGCACUAUCUCCUCCGCCUUCAACUCGCUGGCCACGGUGACGAUGGAGGACCUGGUCCGGCCCCACUGCCCCGGGCUGUCGGAGUCGCGGGCCACGCUGCUCUCCAAGCUGCUGGCUCUUGGUUAUGGAUUGCUCUGCCUGGGGAUGGCCUAUGUGUCCUCCAUGCUAGGUCCCGUGCUGCAGGCGGCCAUCAGCAUCUUCGGCAUGGUGGGGGGCCCACUCCUGGGGCUCUUCUGCCUGGGCAUGUUCUUCCCCUGUGCCAACCCCACGGGUGCCGUCGUGGGGCUGCUGGCGGGCCUGGCCAUGGCCUUCUGGGUGGGCAUCGGCAGCCUGCUGCGCAGCAUGGGGGCGGCCGGGGGGCCCCCCCCGCCCAACAGCACCGCACUCCCCGUCAUGGGCAACCUCACCACCGUCCUCACCACCACCCUGCUGGCCCCCACACCGGCCCCCCAGAGACCCACGGGGCUGCAGAAGUUUUACAGCCUGUCCUACAUGUGGUACAGCGCCCACAACUCCACCACCGUCAUCCUGGUGGGGCUCCUGGUCAGCCUGCUCACCGGUGAGUGUGGGGGGGCGGGGGGCCAGCGGCGGCCCCCCCCCGCUCACCCUCCGCUCUGGCCCCCAGGUCCCACGCCGGCAGCGGCCGUGGACCCCCGCACCAUCUACCCCGUGCUGCCUCGCCUGCUCUGCUGCCUGCCCCAGAAGUACCGGCAGAGGCUCUGCUGUGGGGUGGGCUUCCCUGCCCAGGACGCUGACCACGGGGAUGCCACAGUGAAGAGCAACGGGGUGGCCAACGGCCUGGCCCCCCCCGGCCCCAGGCGGCUGGAGGAGGAGGGACAGGGCUACGUCCGCACGGCCGGGGCCCCCACCUACGCCGUGCAGGAGACCUCCUUCUGAGAACCCCCCCCAGCAUGGGGGUCCCGGCCACCCCCCGCACCUUUCCCCAGCGUCCCACUUGCCGGGGGGCGUGGACCCCCCCGCAGGGCACCUGCACAUGGCUGGGGAGCACCAAAUAAGCGGGAGGGGCUGGGUGCC